CAAUUCUUGAAUACAGCUGUCAUGUGUGUUGAUAAAAAUUAUAGAGAAAUUUAGAUUUACACGAUUAUUUGAAACACUUCUUCAGAAAAGUUAUGGAAGUUUGUAGAGUUUGUCUCGCAAAGACCCCUGAGAAAGAUAUAUUUCAGUUACAAACUCGAAAGAAUGGGGAUAGUAAGAGUUUUUUAGAAGUUUUCACAUUUUGUUUAGGCGUACAGGUUGCGAAGGAUUCAGCAGUCAGUACAAAGCUAUGCAUAAAAUGUUACAGAAAAGUGUUAUCAUACCAUAAGUUCAAGUGUUUAGCUUUAAAGAACGAUACUUAUUUAAAAUCUAAGUUAGCGCUUGAAGGAGGUAGUGUGAAACCUGAGGUGUUUAUUAAAGACAAUAUAAAGACUGAGCAACUUUCCAUAAGUGAUGAUUCCCAGAACAACAGUGUUAAGGAUGAAGUUAAUAUAGAUUUAUUUGUAAAAGAUGAGGACUCUGCUACUAACUAUGAUACUGACGACGAGUUCCUUAGUGUGAUAAAGAAAAUCAAAUAUGAGUAUAUUGAAGAAGAUACUAAGGAGAAAGCACCUUCAAAUAAAAAGCGGAAAAAAGUCAAAGGAGCCAAAGUUAGUACUGUCACUCGGCAGAUGUGUGAAGAAUGUGGAAAGACUGUGAAGGACUUGAAGGCUCACUCAUACAUGCACCUACCAGAGGCCAGUCGGAGAAGAAUCAAGUGCCACACAUGUGAUCAGACCUUCUCUAGUCAUAGCGCCCGCUAUAAACAUAACAAAAUCAAGCAUCUUGGUAUUAGGCAGAAAUGUAGUAUAUGUAAUAAAGUUGUGAAGCACCCCAAGCAGCACUACAGGUUGGUUCACAACCGCUCGUCGUUACCAUUCGAAUGCGUGCCGUGCGGGCGUCGGUUUAUAUCUAAGUCGAGUCUGGACGUGCAUAUGACGACACACACGAAGGACCGGCCCCAUGCCUGCGAUGUGUGCGAUAAGAAGUUCUCCACCAAGUCUCUUAUGCUACUGCACAAACGACAGGUUCAUGAUAAAGAAAAGUCGCAUCUAUGUCAGUUAUGUUCAAAAAGUUUUUUCAAGAAAUAUCACCUGCAAGAACAUUUGAGAAGCCACUCCAAAGAGAAGCCGUACGAGUGUCCGGACUGCGGCAAGUUCUUCGCUUCGCUGUCCAUCAUGAAGAGUCACCGCGAGAUCCACAAGGAUGUCAAGAGCUACGCCUGCACGCUCUGCGAUAUGAGCUUCAAGAAGAGAAACUACUUAUCGGUCCACAUGAUAAGUCACACGAAGGAAAAGCGCCACCCCUGCCAGUACUGCGGCGUGAAGUUCGGGCGCUCAGACCACCGCAAGCGGCACGAGUACACCGCGCAUGAGAAACACCUCGUGGCCGCCUGACCCCCGCCUCGGACCAACACGGUUAUCAUUAACGCGGAGUCUCUACUUAGUAGUGGACAUUAAUCACAUAUCUGUAGGUAAUGGACCUACUGUGCUGUGCGAUAGUAAUUCUUAUUUCCUGGGCGAAGUGAGCGGUGAGACGGGAAGUACGCUAUUGCUACAAAAUGUAAAUACGUCAUGAAUUUCCUUUGUUUACCUCGCACUGCCUGUCAAAUACCUAAAAAAAUACUAAUUCGUACAAACCUUUGGGUUUGAGGUUUCCUCGUUUUUGUCCAACCACUCUUGACAAAAAAAUACCGUCAAAAUGAUCUUAUUUCAACGUCUACGAACGUCAAUAUGUGGGCAUUCUAAGUGAUGUUUUUAAGAUUUGCCCUUUGGGAUCAAUGUACUGAAAUAUAAUUUUUGGUAAUGGGAAAUAUACGUACCACGCAAACGUGGUCUUUGUUAGCAUGAAGAUUGGGUACACGAAAUGUAAUUCUUUUUUGAAGGAGAAAAGGUCUUUAAUUAAAGGAAAAAAGUAUUUGGCUCAAAAGAAAAAAGACAAGUUUAGGCAUUAAAUGUGAUGCAAACCGAUUGCUCAACAGAAAAAAGGCAAGUUUAGACAUUAGAUGUGAUUCAAACCGAUUCCUAAGAUACCUCCCGGUUUGUCUGCACACAGUUCACACGAUAGGAAAACGGAUGUGAAAAUAAUGCGGGGCUACCAAUCCAUUAAGCUGUUAACAAGAACCUUUUCGCUUAAUUUAAUGUCAGUUACGUCUGUUCUGUGUACUGUCUUUACUUUAGACACGUUAGAAAUUUGCCGGUAUUACAGCGUAUAUAGUUGUUACAAAAUCUUUUUUUUUUUGUUUAUUUCACACACGUAUUGCUAUUGUAGUCAUCCGUUUUGUGCGUUUACUUUAAGUCACGUUUCCAGGUAUUAUCAAUUUCAAAGAUAAGAUCAGGUUAUAUUUUAUUUGUUCCUAUUACAAGUUAACAUGAAAGUUAACGAUUUUAGAUCGCCUUUAAAACGAGAAAAAGAAAGCGCUGCAGUGGCGCCACUGUCGGCAUACGAUGACGUCAUUGCAAAACUUCCUUGAUUUACUGCGAGAAAGCAGUCUCAAAAAUAAUUGAAAGUUUUAUCUGUAUAUAAUGUUGAUGUAUAUAA